UUCAGUUCUGGAGCAGGACCUGUGCCUUGCCUCUGAGCAGCACAGAGUCUUCAUUGUCCCGCAGAUGCUGCCCAUCCAGGAUGUGGCUCUAUUCUGUGGUCUUGGCCUCUCUCUCUGCUUGCACUGCUUGGGCAGGACACCCGUCCUCGCCACCCGUGGUGGACACUGUGUACGGCAAAGUCCUGGGGAAGUACGUCAGCCUGGAAGGAUCUGAGCAGCCUGUGGCCGUUUUCCUGGGGGUCCCUUUUGCCAAGCCCCCUCUGGGAUCCCUGAGGUUUGCUCCGCCGCAGCCUGCAGAGCCCUGGAGCUCCGUGAAGAACACCACCUCCUACCCUCCUAUGUGCUCCCAAGAUGUGGAGGUGGGGCAGGUGCUCUCCGAGCUCUUUACCUUCAGAAAGGAGAACAUUCCCCUCACCUUCUCUGAAGACUGCCUUUACCUGAAUAUUUACACUCCUGCAGCCCUGACAGGGAGAAGCAGGCUGCCGGUGAUGGUGUGGAUCCAUGGAGGUGGACUGGUGGUAGGCGGGGCAUCCACUUAUGAUGGACUGGCCCUCUCUGCCCAUGAAAACGUAGUGGUGGUGACCACCCAGUACCGCCUGGGCAUGUGGGGAUUCUUCAGCACAGGGGAUGAGCACAGUCGGGGGAACUGGGGUCACCUGGACCAGGUGGCUGCUCUGCGCUGGGUCCAGGACAACAUUGCCAACUUUGGAGGGAACCCAGACUCUGUGACCAUCUUUGGAGAGUCAGCAGGAGGUCAAAGUGUGUCUGCUCUUGUGCUGUCUCCCCUGGCCCAGAACCUCUUCCACAGGGCCAUCUCACAGAGUGCAGUGGUCCUCUCUGCUGCCUUGGUCAUGAGGAACAUCAAGCCUGUGGCUGAGCAAAUUGCUAUUGCUGCUGGGUGUAAAGCCACCACAUCAGCAAUCAUCGUUCACUGUAUGCGCCAGAAGACAGAAGAAGAGCUCUUGGAGAUUACAAUGAAAAUGAGCAGACCUUCCAUGCUCACUGUCAUUGAUGGAGUGCUGCUGCCAAAGACACCAGAAGAGAUUUUGGCUGAUAAGAAUUUCAACACCGUCCCCUACAUGGUGGGAAUCAACAAGCAAGAGUUCGGCUGGCUCAUUCCCGAGGUAUUGAUGCGCUAUCCACUCUCCGAAGGCAACCUGGACCAGAAGACGGCCACGUCACUCUUGAGGAAGUCCUACCCAAUGGUCAACCUCUCUGAGGAACUGACUCCAGUGGCCGUUGAGAAGUAUUUAGGAGGGACAGAUGAUCCUGUCAAAAAGAAAGAGCUUUUCCUGGACUUGAUGGGAGAUGUGGUUUUUGGUGUCCCUUCUGUGAUUGUGGCCCGUAACCACAGAGAUGCCGGAGGCCCCACCUACAUGUAUGAGUUUGAGUAUCGCCCGAGCUUCGCAUCACACAAGAGACCUGCGACAGUGGUAGGAGACCACGGUGAUGAGCUUUUCUCAGUCUUCGGAUCCCCAUUUUUAAAAGAGGGAGCCUCAGAGGAGGAGACCAACCUCAGCAGGAUGGUGAUGAGAUUCUGGGCCAACUUUGCUCGCAAUGGGAACCCCAACGGAGACGGGCUGCCCCACUGGCCAGAGUACGACCAGAAGGAAGGGUACCUGCAGAUCGGUGCCACCACCCAGGCAGCCGAGGGGCUGAAGGACAAGGAAGUGGCUUUCUGGACUGAGCUCAGGGCCAGGGAGGCAGGAGAAAAAAGCCCCCAGAGGGAACACACGGAGCUGUGACCGGGAGGCUGAGCCAGCCUCGGGAGACGGGAACAGCAGGACAGGGCUGUUCUGCAGAAGGCGUUUGUAGGCCCGGGAAGAGUCUCACUGUGGAGGCUGGAGAACUGAGUGGUGCGGGUGGCAGAGGCCUGGGUGGGGAAUGUUUCUACCUGUGGCCUCUGUUGGGAGAAUAAAUGAAAUUUUAGAGACAAAAUCAGCAUGUGUGUC